AUGUCAACUAAACCCAAUUCACAAGAUCCCGAGAAUCUAAUAUCAAAAUCAGCAAAAGGUGCAACUUUUUUAUUCAUAGGUUCAAUAUUCACAAAAUUAAUUACAUUUAUAUUAAAUCAAAUUCUUAUAACUUUUAUAUCACCAAAAAUAUUUGGUAUAAAUUCAUUUUUAGAAUUUUUGAUCAACACUGUAUUAUUUUUCAGUAGAGAAGGUAUAAGAUUAUCAUCACAACGUAUCAAUGAUUCCAUAACUCAUGAUGAAGAUGAAGAUGUUGAAUACACCGAGAAGGAUAAAUAUAAUCAUAAUAAAAUUUCUCAUGGUUCCAAAAUUGCAACAUUACAAAGUAUAAUAAAUUUAAGUUUUAUUCCUAUUAUGAUUGGAUUCCCAAUGUCAUUGUUUAUAAUAUAUUGGCAAUAUAAUAAAAUAUCAGAAUUUUUCAGUCAUAUGGAAUUAUUUAAUCUUUCAUUAUUAGUUAUUUGGUUUACAAUCUUGGUUGAAUUAUUAGUUGAACCUUUUUAUAAUUUAAAUCAAUUUAAUUUAAAUUAUGACAAGAGAACAAGAUUUGAAAGUCUUGCAAUUACUAUAAAUUGUUUUGUUAAUUUUGGUAUUGUAUUUUGGUUUAAGGAUUCCCCUGUGGAUGGUAUACCAAUCUUAGCAUUUUCCAUUGGUAAAUUAUCACAUUCCUUAGUGUUAUUAAUCUCAUAUUAUAUGGAUUUUAGAUCAUAUAAAUCCAUAACUCCCACAGCAUCUAAAUUAUCAUUAUCCAUAACUAAAAUCCAUAACAAUGAAAAUUAUUACAUAUUUGAUAAAGAAGCAAUAAACCAUUUCAUAAAAAUUUUCUUCCAAUUAUGUUUUAAACAUCUGCUUACAGAAGGUGAUAAAUUAGUUAUCAAUCAAUUUUGUACAAUUGAGGAACAAGGGAUUUAUUCACUUAUUUCAAAUUAUGGUUCAUUAUUAGCAAGAUUAAUAUUUGCUCCAGUGGAGGAAUCCCUCAGAAAUUUCCUAACAAGGUUAUUAUUAACAAAUAAAUCAUCCAAAAACUUAAACUUAUCAAUUGAUAUCCUAAGAAAAAUCAUCUUGUUUUAUAUUUAUUUAUCAAUUAUAAUCAUAAUAUUUGGUCCUUUGAAUUCAGGUUACUUGAUCCAAAAAAUCAUAGGUAAUAAUUGGUCAAACCACGUUUCAGAAAUCAUACCAUUAUAUACCUUGUAUUUACCAUUAUUAGCAUUCAAUGGUAUCCUAGAAUCAGUUCAUCAAUCCACCGCUUCGGGGAGUGAAGUUGUUAACUAUACUUGGUUUAUGUGUUAUUUCUCUGGAGUUUUUGUGUUUACUUCAUGGUUAGGUAUUUAUAAAUUUGAAUUAUCAUUGUUGGGGUUAAUUGGAUCAAAUAUGAUUAAUAUGAUCUUGAGGAUUUGGUAUUGUAAUGAAUUUAUUCAACAUUUUUAUAAGAAAAAUAUGGUAUCUAGGAAGAUUUUAAAAUUUGAUUUAAAUUUACAAAAAAUCCUAAGUUUUGGUGGUGUUAUAUGGGGUUUGGAUUUAUUAUUAUUUGGUAUUACAAGAAAUUUAAAAGAAUUAAUAGGGAAUGUUUUACUUGCUGGUAUACUUGUUGGGUUUAUAAUUUAUAAAGAACAAAAAUUAAUUUUUGGUAUGUUGAAAAGAAAACCAUUAACAGAAUAA